UCACGCCGGCCGUGGCACCCUGGUAGUUUGUCGUCUGGCGCUCUUCCGGUGGCAACUUGGUGUCAAACUUGCAGUGUGUCACCCUCUAAGCGUGUAAAUUUGAUGUCACCCUUCUAGUGUAUCCAUCUGGUAGUGUGUCACCUUAGUGACAGCCAUGUAGUGUGUCAUUCUGUUAGCAUAUCAUAUUGACAGUGUGUCACCCCAACAGUGUGUCACCUUAGUCACUAUUAGUAUAUCAUCUUCGUGUCACCUUGGAAGUAUGUCAUGCUUCCCACUGUGCCAGUAUGUCACUCACAAUCUGAAAAUGGCAUGCCUGUCACCCUGUACUGAUAAAUUUCCAUCCUGGAUUCACCUGUUCAUACCUUCUACAUCAGCAAACAAAACAGGCCGAUUGAAAACACAUACGUAACCAGCAAGAGAUAAGCGUUAUCGGAGGACAGGGGAGGGACGCUGUGAUAAAAAGGACAUGACAGACUCACGUCGCGCUGGAGUUCUGUUUCGCUGAAGCAGGCGGUGAAGGUGGAGAGGACGAGAGACAUUCCCUGAAGGUGUUGGUCUGGCCACGAGGGAACAAGCACUAUGAAAAUCAUUGGUUUUUUCUGUCUCCUGCUUGCGCUCGUGUCCAUGGGGAGAGUCUACUGCGCCCCUGCAGGAGACCUCGGGGCUUCUCCGUUGCCCCCAGAGACACUCAUGGCCAACCUCAAGACCAGACUCAAGCUCAUGGCCGAAGACGAGGUCACGUAUCGAGCCACGAGGACGGAAGGGGAAGACCACCCGAGGAACUGGCUGGACAACCUCAUUACGCUGCUUCACUUGUUGGGCGUUUCGGACGAGGACAUGGCCGCAUUCUUGGACGCCGUAGUGCAAGGAGUGGAGGAUAUUCUGGCUCAGCUUCCUCCUCAGGAACUCAUGGCGGUGGAGAUGGCCGCGGGGGACAUCCUGGGAAUGCUCCAGAGCGGCGAGCUCGACCUCGAACGCCUCCAGGUCGACAUCAACAUCAUCUACACCUUGAUGUGGCCUUACGUCAACGAGGACCUUAAGCCGACCUUGCAGUUCAUCAUUGACCUUAUUCUUUGGCUUCUCAGUCAGCAAGGUCGAGGGAUCUCCAGCUCUUUAGGGCUGCCUCUCGUGCGGGACCACCUCGCCCGCGCCCGUAGGAGCGUGUAGGGACUUGGGGCUGCCCUUCGGAUGGGGGUCCUUGUCGUCUGUCCCUCUCUCUCUCUCUCUCUCACUAACUCUCUCUUUCUUUCUCUCUCUCUCUCUCUCUCUCUCUCUCUCUCUCUCUCUCUCUCUCUCUCUCUCUCUCUCUCUCC